AAUCUAAAAACUAACCUCUUUAAUAUUUUCACAAUAUAUACAACACAUCUAUGUAUGUUUUCAUUAUUUAAUAUAAGAUUAUGAAUCGAAUCAACUGGUGGUCGACAGAGAGUUCAACCGCACUGGCAACUCGUAUGAAUCGACUUAUCGUUAGUCGAAAGUAUUGAAAUUAGCACAUGCGCAUUAUCGAAAGCUUCACUAAUCGAUGAGUAUCGCCUUUGUACGUUACAUUUCCCUUCAGUUAUCCGUGCACUUUCGCCUUGUCAAUUACCAUUAUGUUCGUACUUACGAAUUCGCCAUCCGUCUCGUACAGCAAAGAUUGGAUGUACAGUGUUCAGAUAAAUCGUUGGUUGCUGAAAGCAAUCGGUAUCUGGCCUCUCUCAUUGUGCGUCACCACCACAGAGAAAAUCCAUUCUGUGAUUCUCACUUUAAUCAGUAUUUUUCUGAUAGGUUUCCUCCUCGUACCCUGCACCCUAUGCACUCUCCUUGACAAAACAGGAGAUCUCGAUACGAAGAUUAAAAUGAUCGGUCCGUUUAGUUUCUGUAUCAUGGCGACGAUCAAGUAUUACGUUCUCCUUUCGCGUGGAUCGUACAUCGGUAAGUGCAUCGAGAACAUUCGAAUUGACUGGUCACGUGUUUCUUCGCAACACUGUUUGGAAGAUAGAAAAAUCAUGAUGGAGAACGCGAGAAUUGGUCGAUCACUGGCGAUUUUCUGCGCCGGUUUCAUGUAUUCUGGUGGAUUUUUCUACACUACUGUGAUGCCUCUUUGCACAAAACGGACAGAGAUAAUCGAUAACGAGACCGUGAGAUCUCAAGCGUUUCCAAUCUAUCGUGAGCUUCUCGAUCCACGCACCAGCCCAUCCUUCGAAAUCGUGCAAUUGAUGCAAUGUUUAGCUGGUUUUGUGAUAUAUUCCGUAACUGUAGGUGCUUGCAGUUUGGCCGCCGUUUUUGUUAUGCAUGCCUGUGGACAAUUUCAAAUUCUUGUAAUAAAGUUGCGAAGAUUGAUCGAUGGAUUGAAAGGAGACAAAGACAUGGAAAACAUAGUGCAUGAACAACGACUAGGCAAUAUUGUGGAACAUCAUUUACAUAUAUUAGGUUUUAUAUCCCAAAUCGAAGAACUUCUAAACGAAAUAUGUUUCGUUGAAUUUAUAGGAUGUACGCUGAAUAUAUGUUUCUUGGGAUACUUUUUACUUAAGGAAUGGGAACAAAGUGAAACUAUAGGGACCUUAACCUAUUGUAUAUUGCUCAUAUCGCUUAUAUUCAAUAUUUUCAUAUUAUGUUAUAUUGGUGAAAUUUUAUCGGAAGAGUGUAGAAAUAUUGGUUUGUCAGCUUAUAUGAUUGAUUGGCACCGUUUACCAGGAAAGAAAGCACUCAGUUUGAUAUUGAUAUCUGCAGCUUCGAAUUCUUCGACAAAAUUGACAGCUGGCAAACUCGUGGAAUUAUCUUUGAGUAGUUUUUGUAGCGUGUUAAAAUCAUCUCUGGCAUAUUUAAGUUUACUUCGCUUAUUACAUUUCACUCUCGUGAAAGAAGAUAUCGUCUCGAAAUUGAAGACUCUCGGUCCUAUAAGCUAUUGCUUCGGCGGAGGACUCAAUUAUGCUGUGUUGUUGCUACGUAAAAAUGACAUACGUUAUUGUAUAGACCAUAUAGAAACCGAUUGGAAUGCGAUCACAAGAACAAAGGAUCGGCAAGUAAUGCUUAAAAACGCAAAAAUUGGUCGCAUCAUUUCCGGUUGCAUCGCAGGUUUCAUGCAAGUUGACAGUAUUUGUUUCUGCACUGUAUUGGGUGUUUUCAAACAGACAAUCAAAGUCGGCAAUGAAAGCAUAAAAGUAUACGUCUUACCCUCUCCAACCUAUAAAAUUCCGGUUGAUACUAAUCCAGGACAUGGUAUUGUCCUGGGUUUGCAAUUUUUAUCGGCAUAUAUUGUGAACGCUACUAUUGUUAUCUCUUUUAGUCUUGCUACGGUAUUUGCGUGUCACGCUAUCGGUCAAUUAACUAUAAUGGUUACAUGGAUUGAAGAAUUUGUAAAUCGGCCACAGGAAGAAAAUAACAAUGUAUGCAUUGAUAAAAUAAGUAUGAUCAUCGAACAUCACUUAAGAAUAUUAAGUUUCCUAGAACGUACUGAACAUCUAUUGAGUCCAAUAUGCUUCAUGGAAAUGUUCAAGAAUAUAUUGAGUAUAUGUAUGCUUAGCUAUUGCAUUCUUGCGGAAUGGUCUGAACACGAUAUUAGGAUCCUCAGUACAUAUACUUUUGCAGUAAUGAAUAUAACUUUAAGCACAUUUUUAAUAUGUUAUAUCGGUGAAGUGCUAACUGAAAGAUGUAAAGAAGUUGGUAACAUAGUCUAUAUGACAAACUGGUAUCGGUUACCUGACAAGGAUAUUCUGAAUUUGAUUAUGAUUAUUACACGAUCUGAAGUAGAAUAUAAAAUGACUGCUGGAAAAAUAAUUGAUAUGUCGGUGAUUACUUUUGGUAAUGGAAACACGAUGACGGACGACAUUGCCGCGAUUCAAAAGAAGUUUGGCAGUCUGAACGAAUACAGCAUACAAUUAAACAAAUGGCUCUCAAAAACAAUAGGCGUAUGGCCACUUCCAUCCUCCACUUCGAAAUUUGAAAAGAUAAUGACAAGGAUUCUAAUUCUUCUCUGCUGGAUCAUCGCGUUAUUCGACACAAUGUCAGGUUUAUUACAUUUCGCCCUCGUGAAAGAAGAUAUCAUCGUAAAAUUAAAAUCUUUAGCUCCUAUAAGCUAUAUUAUGGGCGGAGGACUCAAUUACGCUGUGUUGUUACUUCGUAAAAAUGAUAUACUUUAUUGUAUAGAGCAUAUGGAAACCGAUUGGAAGACAAUCACGAGGAUGACGGAUCGGCAAAUAAUGGUUAAAAACGCGAAAAUUGGUCGCAUCAUUGCCUGUUGCAUCGCGGGUUUUAUGCAAAUUGGUACUUUGUGUUUCUGUAUCGUUUUGGGAGUUUUCAAACGGACAAUCAAAAUCGGGAACGAAAGCAUGGAAAUAUACGUCUUACCCUCUCCAACUUAUAAAAUUCCGGUUGAUACUAAUCCAGGACAUGAUAUUAUACUCGGUGUUCAAUUUCUGGCUGCAUACAUUACAAGCGCUACCGUUGUUAGCGCUUUCAGUUUUGCUGCAGUAUUUGCAUGCCACGCUUCUGGUCAGUUAACUAUAAUGAUUACGUGGGUCAAAGAAUUUAUAAACCGGCCACAGGAAAAAGAUAAGAAUAUAUGCAUUGAUGAAAUAAGUGUGAUCAUCGAACAUCAUAUGAGAAUUCUAAGUUUCCUAGAACGUGCUGAACAUCUAUUGUGCCCAAUAUGCUUCAUGGAAAUGUUCAAGAAUAUAUUGAGUAUAUGCUUGUUUAGUUAUUGCAUUCUUGCGGAAUGGUCUGAACAUGAUAUUGGUGUCCUCUGUACUUAUACUGUUGCGGUAAUAAAUAUAACUUUAAACACAUUUUUAAUUUGUUAUAUCGGUGAAGUAUUAACUGAAAGGUGUAAGGAAAUUGGUAACAUGGUCUAUAUGACAAAUUGGUAUCGAUUACCUAAGAAAGAUAUUCUUAAUUUGAUAAUGAUUAUUACACGAUCUAGCGUGGAAUUCAAAAUGACUGCCGGAAAGAUAAUUGAUAUGUCGGUGAUUACGUUUGGUAAUAUAAUAAAAACUGUUUUCGGAUACUUAAAUAUAUUACGUCAAACAACAAUGUUAUAAAUUGCACAUGUAUUGAGUAUAUAAAAAAAUAUGUAUCAAAUAUAUAUUCAAAAUAAAUAUUGCAUAUUAUCAAUUACAUUCGAGUAAAUUUGAAA